UAUAUAUAAUGUGUGUGUGUAUAAUGUGUGUGUAUAUAAUGUAUGUGUGUAUAUAUAAUGUGUGUGUGCGUGUGUAUAUAAUGUGUGUGUAUAUAUAAUGUAUGUGUGUGUGUGUGUGUUGUAACCCUGACAUUGACAUUGAUUAUCGUGCUAAUUCUAAUUAUUGAUCAUUAUCGAGUUAAAAUGCUUAACAAACAAAAAAAAACUUCCCUCACAGUAACAGUUUAAAGGAACAAACACCCUCUUUUUAUAGAGCAUGGUAUAAAAACAUUCAAACAAAUCAGAUGUUUUAAGACAUGUUUGAUAAAUACAUUGGCAUUUAAAUAUAGCACCCUCCAAUUUUCAUAUUCCUGCCCUCACUAGCCUUUGCCUUGAUUUGUGUGAAAUCUGACGAAUUUCCAGUGUAAACAUAACGGUAAAUUAAGAAAAAUAACAAUAAUAAUCAACUCCACUGUCCAAAGCAGAAAAAAAACCCUAAAGGUUUUAAAACUACAUUAACAUUAUGGCCUAUUGACAUGGAAAUAAUUUGAUUUCUCAUUUGUUUAUUUGCUGUUUAUGAAUUACGCGGCCCAGCUUCUGCUAAUGAAAGCAGCAGCCCCUGCCAGUGUGUCGCGGCUGCAGAGAUGCGGUUCACUUUUUGCUGUCGUAUUUUAAUCAGAACUUUACAUGACUUUGCAUAGCCACUUCAAUUUGCAUUGUCUUCAGUGAAUACAACAUUAGAGGCAGCCUACCCUUUCCUGCAACAGAACCUUCUACAGCGACCACUCCAGUUGAUCAUUUUAGUCUCCAUACUUGAAUAGGUAUAAUAUCUCUUUCAUACAUGUAUGUGGAUUUAUUAUUAAUUGACUUACUGCCUACAUCGCAACCAAGAUAUGAGGAAUAUCUCUCUCAUACACGUGUAGGCCUAAUCAAUCUACAUACCACGUCACAACCAAAGAUGAGUCGCAUACUGGAGCGCUCAGAGAAGCGUUUCGCCCAAGUGUACAUUAUAUAUAUUACAAUCUCAGACAAGAACAUUAUCUGUGCACAUCUAGACUACAGUAAUCACAAGCGCAUUAAGUGGCUGAGACAAUGCAGCAUAACUUUAUGAUUGAUAUUGUAAAUUCAGUACCUGCCUAUGCAUACACUUAAAGCACAACAUACUUAUUCAUAUAGUACGUUCUGUACAACCAUAAAUGUUUGUAAUGCACCUUUUCCGACGGUGCUAUGCUUGCUCAAGUCUGUGGAGCACGAAUGGAACUUGUAAUGCGUCCACUUCUUCUGCAGUAAGGAUCUCACACAAUUCAGCCUCCAUGUUUGCUCUGUCUGUCUGUCUGUAAAAUCUGUGACAUCAGCUGCAGACUACGGAUGCAAUCGAGCUGGGUAAAAAAAGUACAAAAAAAAAAAAGUAUAAUGAAAGCAGCCAGAGAGGCUGUGUGUACCGCCCCACUUUAACCACUGACUGUAUUUAAAUUAAUAAAUGAGCUUUUUCUUUCCAGUAGCUACUAAACAGAGUCCCGUGUGCUGCCAUGGACAGUGUGGAGAUGGAAUCUGUCCAGAUUAAAGAGGAGCUCCCUGAAAUUGAACUGGUCCCCAUUAGAGUGGAGUUCUCUGGGCUGGCUUCCCUCCCCAUUAAACAGGAGCUCUGUGAGAUGCAAUGUGACAGCAGCCAGCCAGAGGUCUCUGAGAUUAAAGCUGAGCACAAUGAAUUGGAGAUCCCCCAGACAGAAGAACCCCUUCCUGCUAAACAAGAACCAGGGAAGGAAGAAUCCGAGGACUUCAAACCAAACAUCCCUGAGCUGGAGCGUGUACGCCUGCGGGAGUGUAGCGUGGUGCUGAAGAGAAUCUGCGUGAGAGAGCAAGGCGCUGGAGAGGAAGGCUCUCCCAACAGCAUGCAAGGAGGUGGAAAGGAAGACGGGCGCUCCCAUUCAGAAUGCAGUCUAGCAGGUUCCAGUCCAGCAGCUAAAGCGAGGGCGGGCGGUGGAGAAUAUCCUGACUGUGGGAAAGGUUUAACCCAGUUAGGAAACCUGAAAGCACACCAGCAAACUCACACAGGAGAGAAAUCGUAUUGCUGUUCUCAUUGUGGGAAGAGUUUCAGUCGGUCAGACAGCCUUGUUUCACACCAGCGAAUUCACACAGGAGAAAAACCGUAUUGUUGCUCUGACUGUGGGAAGAGUUUCAGUAGGUCAUACAGCCUUGUUUCACACCAGCGAAUUCACACAGGAGAGAAACCAUAUUGCUGCUCUUACUGUGGGAAGAGUUUCAGUCAGUCAAGGGACCUGAAAACACACCAGCGAAUUCACACAGGAGAGAAACCGUAUCGCUGCUCUGACUGUGGGAAGAGUUUCAGUGACUCGGGAAACAUGAAAAAACACCAGCAAAUUCACACAGGAGAGAAACCGUAUUUCUGCUCUGACUGUGGGAAGAGUUUCAGUCGGUCAGACAGCCUUAUUUCACACCAGCGAGUUCACACAGGAGAGAAACCGUAUCGCUGCUCUGACUGUGGGAAGAGUUUCAGUCAUUCCGGACAGCUUGUUUCACACCAGCGAACUCACACCGGAGAGAAACCGUAUCGCUGCUCUGACUGUGGGAAGAGUUUCAGUCGGUCAGACAGCCUUGUUUCACACCAGCGAAUUCACACAGGAGAGAAACCGUAUUUCUGCUCUGUCUGUGGGAAGAGUUUCAGUCGGUCAAACAGCCUUGUUUCACACCAGCGAAUUCACAGAGGAGAGAAACCGUAUCGCUGCUCUGACUGUGGGAAGAGUUUCCGCAUUAAACAAGGCCUUCAAAACCACCAGCGAGUUCACAAAGGAGAGGAACCUCUACUAAACAGAAUCCCGUGUGCUGCCAUGGACAGUGUGAAGAUGGAAUCUGUCCAGAUUAAAGAGGAGCUCCCUGAACUUGAACUUCUCCCCUUUACACUGGAGUCCUUUGGGAUGGCUUCCCUCCCCAUUAAACAGGAGCUCUGUGAGAUGAAAUCUGACAGCAGUCAGACAGAGGUCUGUGAGAUUAAAGCUGAGCACAAUGAACAGGAGAUCCCCCAGACAGAAGAACCACUUCCUGUUAAACAAGGAGAGGUGCUGGAAACUGUCCGUAUUAAAUGGGAGCCCCCUGAAGUAGAGUUUGAGCACAUGGAACCAGGGAAGGAAGAAUCCGAGGACAUCAAACCAAACAUCCCUGAGCUGGAGCCUGUACGCCUGCGGGAGUGUAGCGUGGUGCUGGAGAGAAUCUGUGUGAGAGAGCAAGGUGCUGGAGAGGAAGGCUCUCCCAACAGCAUGCAAGGAGGUGGAAAGGAAGACGGGCGCUCCCAUUCAGAAUGCAGUCUAGCAGAUUCCAGUCCAGCAGCUAAAGUGAGGGCGGGCGCUGGAGAAUAUCCUGACUGUGGGAAAGGUUUCACCCAGUUAGAGCAUUUUAAAACACACCAGCAAACUGAUGCAGAAAAGAAACCAUAUCGCUGCACUUGGUGUGAGAAGAGUUCCAGGUCGUCAACCAGCCUUGUUUUACACCAGAGAAUUCACACAGGAGAGAAACCGUAUCGCUGCUCUGACUGUGGGAAGAGUUUCAGACAGUCAAGCAACCUUGUUUCACACCAGAGAAUUCACAGAGGAGAGAAACCGUAUCGCUGCUCUGACUGUGGGAAGAGUUUCAGUCAGUCAAACAACCUUGUUUCACACCAGAGAAUUCACACAGGAGAGAAACCGUAUCGCUGCUGUGACUGUGGGAAGAGUUUCAGUCAGUCAAACAACCUUGUUUCACACCAGAGAACUCACAGAGGAGAGAAACCGUAUCGCUGCUCUGACUGUGGAAAGAGUUUCAGUCAGUCAAACAACCUUGUUGUCCACCGGCGAACUCACACAGGAGAGAAACCGUAUUGCUGCUCCGACUGUGGGAAGAGUUUUAGUCGGUCAGACAGCCUUAUUUCACACCAGCAAAUUCACAGAGGAGAGAAACCGUAUUGCUGCUCCGACUGUGGGAAGAGUUUUAGUCGGUCAGACAGCCUUAUUUCACACCAGCAAAUUCACAGAGGAGAGAAACCGUAUCACUGCUCUGACUGUGGGAAGAGUUUCAGGUGGUCAAGCAAACUUGUUUCACACCAGCGAAUUCACAGAGCAGAGAAACUUCUAUUAAACAGAGUCCUGUGUGCUGCCAUGGACGGUGUGAAGAUGGAAUCUGUCCAGAUUAAAAAGGAGCUCCCUGAUGAACCUGUCCCCAGAGAGGAGUUCUCUGGGCUGGCUUCCCUCCCCAUUAAACAGGAGGUCUGUGAGGUGCAAUGCAACUGCUGUCUGAUGGAGGUCUCUGAGAUUAAAGCUGAGCACAAUGAACUGGAGAUCUCUCGUACAGAAGAACCCCUUACUGCUAAACAAGAGGUGCUGAAAACUGAUCGUAUUAAACAGGAGUUUCCUGAAGUAGAGUUUGACCACAUGGAACCAGGGAAGAAAGAAUCCGAGCUGGAGCGUGUACGCCUGCGGGAGUGUAGCGUGGUGCUGAAGAGAAUCUGCGUGAGAGAGCAAGGCGCUGGAAAGGAAGGCUCUCCCAACAGCACGCAAGGAGAUGGAAAGGAAGACGGGCGCUCCCAUUCAGAAUGCAGUCUAGCAGGUUCCAGUCCAGCAGCUAAAGCGAGGGCGGGCGCUGGAGAAUAUCCUGACUGUGGGAAAGGGUUCAUCCAGUUAGGAAACCUGAAAACACACCAGCGAACUCGCACAGGAAAGAAACCGUAUCGCUGCUCUGACUGUGGGAAGAGUUUCAGUCAGUCCGGACACCUUGUUUUACACCAGCGAACUCACACAGGAGUGAAACCGUAUCGCUGCUCUGACUGUGGGAAGAGUUUCAGUCAGUCCGGACACCUUGUUUUCCACCAGCAAACUCACACAGGAGUGAAACCGUGUCACUGCCCUGACUGUGGGAAGAGUUUCAGUCACUCGGGAAACCUGAAGACACACCAGCGAACUCACACAGGAGAGAAACCAUAUUGCUGCUCUGACUGUGGGAAGAGUUUCAAUCAACCAGGAACCUUGCAAGCACACCUGCGAAUUCACACAGGACAGAAACCGUAUCGCUGCUCUGACUGUGGGAAGAGUUUCAAUGUUUCAGGACACUUAAGAAAACACCAGAGAAUUCACACAGGAGAGAAACCAUAUCGCUGCUCUGACUGUGGGAAGAGUUUCAGUCAGUUAGGAGACAUGAAAAAUCACAAGCGAAUUCACACAGGCGAGAAACCGUAUCGCUGCUCAGACUGUGGGAAGAGAUUCAGUCAUUCAGCAGCCCUGAUAAGACACCAGCGAAUUCACACAGGACAGAAACCAUGUCGCUGCUCUGACUGUGGGAAGAGUUUCAGUCAGUUAGGAGACUUGAAAAAUCACAAGCGAACUCACACAGGAGAGAAACCGUAUCGCUGCUCAAACUGUGGGAAGAGUUUCAGUCAGUCCGGACACCUUGUUUUACACCAGCGAACUCACACAGGAGAGAAACCUUAUCCCUGCUCGCACUGCGGGAAGAGUUUCGCUCUGUCAAGCAACCUCAAAAAACACCAGCGAAUUCACACAGGAGAGAAACCGUAUCGCUGCUCAGACUGUGGGAAGAGUUUCAUUCAGUCCGGACACCUUGUUUUACACCAGCGAACUCACACAGGAGAGAAACCGUAUUCCUGCUCUGACUGUGGGAAGAGUUUCAGUCAGUCCGGACACCUUGUUAUACACCAGCGAACUCACAUAGGAGAGAAACCUUAAAUGGGAUGAUUCACUCAUGAGGGAAAAAAACGUUAUCCUUGCAUUAUGAAUCCUUGUGAAAAUUACUGUUUUGUGUAUCACGUGAGCAUGCAUUUUAAAUGGUAAAAAUGAACUUCAGCUCUCUUGCACUGUGACUGUGUCAGAAAGUGGGCGGAGACGCGGACACGUCACAAGAGGCUUCUCUGCUGUCAGUUUAACUCAGGCUGUCAAUGCAGUCAGUGCCUGGGAGCGGGAAUAUGCAGAAAGGAAACUAUUCUGCAACUCAUCUGAUGGACGAGUCAGGAGAAAUUGAUAACUCAGUGUGGGGAAUGAGUUUCAGGGUUUAGCAUUUAAACUGCAUAGACUUGAAAAUAAAUACAUUGAUGGGAACGAGUAUCCCGACCCCGGUAUGUAGCAUCCCAGAGACAAGACUGCACCGUCCUUACUGGACAACCGCCUGGAGGGUUUGUCUUGUAAAUUCAUCACGAUUCUAAAACUAAUGAAAAAUGAUAGUGUCCCAUGGCUGUAUUAUGACAUGAAUGGCUGAAUAUUGCGUGACGUGUCGCUUUGCAAUGUGCAUUGUCCAUGCUUGUAUUUGUGCUGCUCUUGUAAACUGCCCUGAGUAAUAGCAGUGUUGCAAGCUUGUGUACGGAUCUUAGGUACAGAAAGGCAGACCGGUUUUAUCCCUGGCUCUGUCUUGCUCUUUUGCAGUAGUUUACACUCAGUGGCAGAUUACAAAUUAGAAUGUAGCAUAGCUACGACUAUUGAUGGAUUAAGCUUGUGAGACAUCUUCCUUGAAUAUGAUAUUAAUACCUGAAUGAGUAUUAAAAAUGAAACUGGACUUAAUGAAACUGCUGUGUCUGAAGAAAAGGGCCCCUUUCCUGCAGACGUAUUGAACUAUGUGACUUACUGAACUGGAUGGUUAAACAAGUGGGCAUCAGGACUGGAUUAGGCUGACAGGACAGGUGAAUUAUACACAGAUAAUUCACAACUGCAACAACAAGCGUUUGAUGCGGGGAAGACCUAAAGCAUCGUUGUCUCGGAGAAGGGCAGCAAAACAUCAAAGAACUGAGAGUUAUAAAGAGGCAAGAUACACCAAUGACCUCCUGAAAGUGGCUAUUUAGCAAGAGUGAAAAGACUAUAAAUAUUGAAGCAAAACUACACACUUUGCACUCCACAUCGAAUGCUAACCAAGUAGCUGUCAGUCUGCCAAGCGAAGCUGCAACUCCGGGACUCUGCCUAAAAACGGACCCAAGAAAAGUAAGCAAGCUGCAAGCGAGUGAACAACCACAAGUGAAGAGACUGAGGCCCAGCUGAAGGACUGCCGUAAAACUUAGAGACUUCUAUCAGACAAACAAGUCUGGGUCUUCUGUAUUUCUAAGCCACAGUAUCCAACAGAAGCUAAAGAAACUGUGCCCUGCUACCUGCUUAGCUAAAGAUUCAGUGAAGAGGACAGAGCGGACAGGAGCUGUUGUGGAUCCUAUAUCGAGGACUGAAGACUUUGUUGCAGCUGUUUGAUUCUAUCAAGAAUUGAAAGCUUUGUUGCCGAGUUUGAUCUGAUUUGGGGAUUGAAGACUUUGUUGCUGAGAGGAGAGCGUUUUGUACUGGACACUUCAACAGAUUGAGUUUCCAAACCAGCUGACCAAAAGUCUAAGUUUUAAGAAAACGUUCAGUGUUCCAGUUGCAUUUUCAUUUCAUGGAACUAAAUUAAUUAAUUGUAACACAUUCACAUAGAAUUGAACUGUUAGUUAUUUAGUUUGCACACUUUGCGUGUGAAAUAACUUUUAAUGAAACUUGAUGAAAUAACUAUAAGUAAACCUACCUAAUGGUUAAUAGUAAACUUGCUAUAUCCUAUAUACCAUUAAUAAGCUUAGUGUGAUAUAUUCUAAAUUUGUCUGUAUCAUUUCAGUUUAGGCUGUGUGUGUGUGGGCGUGUAUGUGUUAGUAAGCUACUAGCUGCUUCAUCGCCUGCUUGUGCUGUUCAGGAGCUGUUGCCUUGUGUGUGAGGAUAUAGGCAGUGUCAUAUUUCAAUAGCCCUGCUAGGUGUCUGGAAGGCAGAGUUAAAGCUGUCACUGGUGUUUUGUGCUUAGUAACUAAGGGGCUUACUUAUUAAUUUCUUAGCAGGCGCCCUUAGAAUUGUUACAAGAUAUCACAUUAUUUUUACAUACAAUUCCCCAUUUAUACAGUUGGGUUUUUACUGGAGCAAUCUAGGUAAAGUACCUUGCUCAAGGGUACAGCAGCAGUGUCCCCCACCUGGGAUUGAACCCACGACCCUCCGGUCAAGAGUCCAGAGACCUAACCCCACACUGCUGCCCAUACUUUCUGACCUUUCUGAUUUCUGUUUAAUAUUUGUGUACUUAAUAAAAUACUACUAUUGAUUUAA